CUCAAAUGAAGAUACACAAACUUUUGUUUGGCUCUUUAAAGCUUGGCUUGAUUGCAUGGAGGGUUGUGCUCCAAAUGCAAUUAUAACCGAUCAAGACCGGGCUAUGCAAAAUGCAAUUCAAAUUGUAUUCCCAGAAACGAGGCACCGUUGGUGCUUGUGGCAUAUCAUGAGGAAGCUACCUGAAAAAAUGGGUGGGUUUGCGGACAAAGACAAAAUAAUGUUCAACAUUCACGACCUAGUUUAUGAUUCACAACAUCAUACUGAGUUUGAGGCAGGCUGGCAAGCUAUGCUCCAUAGGUUUUCUCUUCACCACGAUGAGUGGCUGGGUGUGAUGUACAACGAACGUCAUCGUUGGGUCCCGUGUUACUUGAAACCGUAUUUUUGGGCAGGUAUGUCAACCACUCAACGAAGUGAAAGUGUUAACGCCUUCUUUGGUGAGUAUGUUCAUUCUAAAACUAGUCUAAAACAGUUCGUGGAUCAAUAUGGGCGCGCUAUGAGAAAGAAGAUUGAAAACGAAUUUCAAGCCGAUGGCCUUUCUUUGACUAAAAUGAUUCCAUGUGUUA